AUUUAGUAGAAAACGAAAUCCGAGUUUAUUUUUAACAGCUCUCUCUUAUUGGCUGAAAAGAAGUACCAUAUUUAUCAUCGCCAUUUCCGCGGAGUUCUGUUUAUUUCGGAAAACAUUCAGUUCUAGUAUCUAUCAGAGGAACUCCUUGAAGCUGGGCGUGCUUGCGACAAAAUGGUCGAUAUAGCGAUAGGAAACAAGCUGGAAGAUGAGGAAGUCCAGUAUUUACACGAUAAAGUCGGCCCAGCCUUGACAAAUGCUUUGAUCGUCGUCGCAGAAGAGCGGUAACUUUCUGUGGUCGAGCCGUGUUGACUUCUUCUCUGUAAGAUGUGCGUUUCAGAUCUCCUCGCUUUAGUGAUAUCUAUAGUAUAAACAUGCAUCAUUGGUCAAAUCAAUAAUUCAAUCGAGCUCUUCAAAUAGCAGAUAAACGAUCUAUUCAGGUAUCUUCGGUCUACCCUGACAGCAACAGCGAAGGACACGGCAUUACGUCUCAUCGCUGCACACUUGCGAGCUCAUAAUCCGGAGAGGAGCGAAAUCUAUCGAGAGAAGAAGUUAGAACAGUAUAAGCAGUUUUGUGACAAUUGCACUAUCCGAAAGCGGCUGCAGGAUAUGAUCGACAGACGGCAAGACCUGUCGCAGCCGUGGAAGGGCGACGACGAGAAGGAGUAUGUGAAAAUGUGUAAGCAGUUCGACGCACUCAACAAAUGAUGAUUAUAGUAGUUGAAUGAAGGCUUGACAGAGUGAAAUCAGCGCGAGUUGUAAAGUUUUUGGUACACUAUGAGAAGGUAAACGCAUUGAGACGACAUGAGCUAGACGGACUACGACACGCAAGCAAACGCCUGCGAGAAGAUGGAUUAUAUUGGAGGAGUGUAUUGUGACCGUGUGUCUGGUCGUGCAAAGGGAACGCGAAGUUGUACGGCUACGGGAGCAGCAGCAAGACAGGUGUCCUGUGUAG